UGGAUUUCUUCUUUCAUCAUUGCACUGCACUGCACUUGACUCUAGGUAGAUACUAAGGUAGACAUCUACAACUUUUCGCUUACCCCUACACUCCACUCUACUUUCCAUCUCUUAUUUCGUCUGCUCAACGUAAUCCAACUCAGUUACAACUACAACAUGGGCUCCCACCCCGACGCCGACCUGCACCCGGUCGCCACCGGCCCGGCGAAGACAAUCGUCGACGCACAUCAAAAGGAGGAAGGCCUCAAGCUCUACUCUGGCUGGUUCUGCCCCUUCGUGCAACGCGCGUGGACAGUGCUGGAAGAGAAACACAUACCGUAUCAGUACAUCGAGGUAAACCCAUACAACAAAGGCCCGGACCUCCUCUCCCUCAACCCCCGCGGCCUCGUGCCCACGCUGCAAUACAACGCCAAACCCCUCUUCGAAAGCACCGUCAUCUGCGACUUCCUCGAAGACGCCUAUCCCACCCACGGCCCCUCCCUCUUCCCUGCAGACCCCUUCGAUCGCGCGCGCAUGAAAAUCUGGCAAGACUACUGCACAUCGCGCAUCAUCCCUGCUUUCCACCGCUUCCUGCAAUGGCAGCCUAUGAGCGACAAGGAAGGGCUGGAGCGGGUAAGGAAGGAGUUUGUCGAGGCGUGGAGGGUGUGGAGUGCGGAGAUGGAGGAGGGAGAGGGCCCGUUUUUCAUGGGCAAGGAGCCGAUGAUGAUUGAUUUUGUCGUGGCGCCUUGGGCGGUGCGCUUGUGGGUUUUUGACCACUUCAAGGAAGGCCUGGGGAUCCCGGCGGAGGGCAAAGGCGGGGAGCAUGAGAAGACGUGGGCGCGGUUUAGAAAGUGGCUCAAGGCGAUUGAGGAGCGGCCGAGUGUGAAGAACACGCUGAGUGACAAGGAGCACUACCUGCCCAUUUACAACCGCUAUCAUCUCGACACGGCGCAGUCGGAGAUGGCCAAGGCGGUUCGGAAGGGGAGGGGUGUGCCGUAAAGUGAUGAAUCAAAUCUGAGACGAGAUCAAGGUUGCAGGCAAAAGAAGUACGAGCUUUUGUGUAUUUGUUUCUAACCCUCGGGAUACUCGUCCUCGAUGUUGCUUACGAAUAUCGCCUUCUCGUCGUCCCAGCGCUUGAAGUACUU